UCUGGUACCCCACACGGCCACAGGCAGAGACUCCACCACCGCUUGGUUUGGAGCCGAGGUCCUCGUCGGCGACUAGCCGGAGAUGGCCUUCCGCCACUGGAGCGCGGUCUGUUCCACCACCACCGUACUGUUAGUUCUCCACCUUCUCACCGCCUCCUGCGCGGCGUCGCCACCGCAGGAGCAGGACAGGGCGGCGCUCCUUGAGCUCAAGACCGGCCUCUCCUCCGGCUCCGGCGACCCUCUCCGCCAGUGGGCCUUGGAAUCCGGCUUCCACCACUGCUCCUGGCCGGGGGUCACCUGCGACGCGCGGUCCCGCCGUGUCGUGGCCCUCUCGCCCCCGUCCCCACCCGGCCGACGCCUCGCCGUCGCCGGGGAGCUCUCGCCGGCGGUCGCUCGCCUCACCGAGCUCAGAGCGCUCUCCUUUCCCGCCGUCGGGCUCCGCGGCGAGAUUCCUCAGGAAGUCUCGCGGCUGCGGCACCUCGAGGUGCUCAACCUGGCCGGCAACUCCCUCCGUGGCGGCCUGCCGACUACCUUUCCGGAAGGUCUGAAAAGCUUGGACCUUGCCGGGAACCGGCUUUCUGGGACAAUCCCUCCGGGGCUGGGGAGCUGUGCGGCACUCCGGCGCCUGCGGCUGUCCUCCAAUUCGUUGGAUGGUUCCAUCCCGCAGCAGAUUGGGAAGCUUGCGAAGCUCCGUGUCCUGGAGCUGUCCGGGAACAGGCUGACCGGCGGCGUGCCUCCGGAGCUCCUCUAUUGCAGGGCCCUCGUCAAGAUGGAUCUCAGCAGGAACUUGCUCAGCGGUCAGCUGCCGUUGGGCCUCAAGGUGUUGAAGAAGUUGAAGUUCCUCUCAUUAUCUGGGAACAAUUUCAGCGGUGAGAUACCUUCCGAUUUGGGCCGGCUGAGGGUACUGAAAUUUCUUGAUCUGUCCAACAAUUCUCUAUCAGGGUCAGUUCCCAUUGAUCUUGAAGCUAUUCGAAAUCGCACUGUUCUACUUCUUGACAACAACAGGCUUUCUGGAGAGAUAACUGCAGCGGCCAAUCCUCCCAUGCCAUCAGUAUCAGUGGUUAACAUUUCUUUAGUUACAGAUGCUACUUCCAGUGUCAACCCAUCAUGGCAACCUAGUGAGCUAUUUACAGUUUCUCCCACAUCAGGCAUGCGUGUGCUGAUUGAGAAGAGCACAGGCACUCCUGGUGGUUUGGGAACCAAAGAGAUUGCUGCCAUAGCUUCAGCAUCAGCCAUUUUUGUGGUUCUGUUAGUUGCACUUAUCAUGUGCAUCUGCACAAGGAAAUGUGCUCUGAGGCCGUCAAGAUGCUCUUUCAGGAGAAUUGAAGUCAAGGUUUUUGACAAUGUUGAUAUUGGAGCCCCCCUGACUUAUGAGACGGUUGUCCGUGCCACAGGAAAUUUCAAUGCUAGCAAUUGUAUUGGUAAUGGCGGCUUUGGUCCGACAUACAGAGCCGAGAUUGCCCCUGGAGUUCUUGUGGCAAUAAAGAGGCUUGCUAUUGGGAAGCAGCAUGGCGACAAGGAGUUCCAAGCAGAAGUGAGAAUUCUUGGGCAGUGCCGUCAUCCGAAUCUUGUCACUCUCUUAGGUUACCAUAUCAGUGAUUCGGAGAUGUUUCUGAUAUACAACUACCUGCCAGGUGGCAACUUGGAAAAAUUCAUACAGGAGAGAACAAAGAGACCAAUCAGUUGGAGAAAGCUUCACAAAAUUGCUCUCGAUGUCGCUCGUGCUCUUGCAUACAUGCAUGAAGAAUGUAUCCCCCGCAUUCUGCACCGAGAUGUGAAGCCAAACAACAUACUGCUUGACAAUGAAUGCAAUGCUUAUCUUUCUGAUUUUGGAUUGGCAAGGCUUCUCAGGAACUCAGAAACUCAUGCGACGACAGAUGUUGCUGGUACUUUUGGUUAUGUCGCACCCGAGUAUGCAAUGACAUGCCGCGUGUCUGAUAAGGCGGAUGUGUACAGCUAUGGUGUUGUGCUUCUCGAACUGAUUUCAGACAAGAAAGCCCUGGACCCAUCAUUUUCUCCAUAUGGAAAUGGUUUCAACAUUGUUAGCUGGGCUCAGAAGCUUAUCCAGAGAAGCAGAGUUCGUGAAUUCUUCAUUGAAGGCUUGUGGGAUAAGGCCCCACAUGAUGAUCUGGUUGAGUUCCUGAACGUGGCGGUCCAGUGCACGCAGGAGUCUGUUGCUGCUAGGCCCACAAUGAAGAAUGUGGUUCGACGCCUAAGGGAUCUCCGACCUCCUUACUAGGAACACAAGGCAUGCACCGAUGUGCUGAUAGCUAGGCUGUUUUCUCUGCCCAGGAAGUUUAGCUGUGUGGGAAGGAGGUGCGCUACAACAAGGUGGUGGCUUGAGAUGCCAUCGAUUUUAUCUCCUCAGCAGCCUCAUCUCCACCAAGGAAGCUGAAUGCUUCCUCUAACUCUUUAAUAAAUAGAAAGAAAGAAAACCGAAUGCUUCAACAGUUCUGCAACUGCACAGCAGUUCAGUGGCAUUACUUUUUUUCUUUUUCUUGUCACUGAGAUGUUGUGCAGUUGCAGGACUGUUGAAGCAUUCGGCCUUCUGGAAGUAUUACAUAAUUCAUAUAUUAGUAUAGCUGAUCAUGGUUUCUGAACAUGAUGUACAGUUUGACAUGAAUGGGUUGAUGAGUUUGUGGUCAUGUGGUGUUAUCAUUAACUGAUCGAUGUUCAUGCAUGGCUUGGAUUUGUGCCUGGAACUGGGCGCGAAUGUGUGAGUUGACGUGAUUGUGAGAACGUGCUAAAUACUUUGUGGUGUUU